GAGCUCGAGGACAGGAGGCGGAAGAGGUGUGUUUUCUUCACGAGACACAUACAAGUCGCCUCCAAAUGGAGAAAAGGAGCACGAUAGUCUGAGUUUAGAGGGGAAAAAGAAGAGAAAGGGUGAAGAAGAGCGAGAAAUGAUAGAGCGGUGAAGAGUUUAGAGCCUGUUUUUAGAGUUUUUAUUGUGUUUGACGGUGAAAUUUGCUCCGCCUCCGCGAGGAAAAACUUGUCCGGUUCAAAGACGGAAACAAACAAGAACAGAAGGAGCACGAGACAGAUGUGCGUGAAAACAGAGCUGUGUUUGAGCAGACUGCACCUUUAAACCGCUGCUGGAAACACUAAGGUGGGUCUAUUUAGGGUUAAGUUAUACCUCCUCAUACAGAUGUAAGUGUUUUUUAUUCUAUUAUGUUCAUUCGGACCCGCUGAAUAGGGGAGAGUGGGGCCAGUUGAGUCAAAGGGUAAGUUGAUCCACCUCCUGCUGCUUGGAAAUGGUCAAAGAAAUUGGUCAUGUGACCACAUAUUUAGGAGAUGGGCAUCAAUUCAUGGAGUCUGUGAAGGUUAGAAGCACAUGGCUGAAAAGGUUGGACAUUUAUAGUAGGGAUACGGCUCAACUUACCCCGCUCCUAUGGUCAACUUACCCCAUACACGGGGUAAGUUGACCAUAGGAGACCUUUUUUUUUUAGCAUGCUGUAUUGUCAAAACAGUUCUGUUUACACUCAUUCUGUUGGCUUGCAGGGAUGAACAACAUCUUGAAAUAUAUGCAGAUACACUAGUUAGAGACAAAACUAGGAUUGACUUGAUGUAGUGAUCAGAAACAGAUGCUGAUUCGACCCUGUUGUGUGUGUCUGUACAGCCAGUAGGAGCAGGAUGGGGAACAGCAGCAGUGACCGAGGGUCCGGUGGGAGUCAGCAGGGUGGGAAAGAGGCUCGACCCAACAUCUUGUUGGACAGCACAGAAGACGCAGACCUUUUCCAGAGAGAAGAUCAAAAGGUGAGACAUGAAGCUCAUGAUAAGAGGGCUGGAUGUUGUCAAACCAGAUCGUCCUGCAGCAGCUGACACGACCCAUAUUUUGGACUGUCCAUUUUCAAAAGCAGAUCAUCCUAAAAAUGUGCAGAAAAAAUCAAAGUCAUGGUGAUUAAGAUGGGCAUCUGAUGGAAAAAGUAUGAUUGGUUAUUCACUGGUGACAUCUGAUCAAACAGUCGCCCCCGUACAGGAACUCUCUGAUAUAGCUUUAGUUUUAAAUCUCACUGAACCAAACCUGAUUCACCCGCAGCCAGCAUAUGUAAUUUCACCUUCUGUUAUUAACUGGUGGAUUAAAAAAACAGGUUUCAGCCACCAUGAGGCAGUGUAACUGAUCCCUCUAAAAAUAAUGGUGAAAAUAUUUAUUUUUACUAUUUAUAAGGUCAACUCUUUCUUUUCUGUACUUUAAGUUUCUUAAGUUUUAAAAUUUGACCCAUCUUAAAAGCUCCUGUGAGGAAAUUUGGUAUCCACUGUGGACAAUGUUUUUACUUGUAUCUCUCUCCAUCUUGGCCUGAACGAUAUGUAUGUUAAAUAAUUGUUUUGAUGUAUUGUGACAGUCAAACAUAUCACUUAUUGUGUCACUUACUGCUUUAGAAGAUAUAUUAAAGGCUGUCCAUGCAAUUGCAUCGUCUCAAAUCUACACAGUGGCAAUGGACAUUAAUUGUAACGGCAUAAUCAGCUUUGACAUGGAUUCAUUUUUUACUGUUGGAGGUCAAAAGGAGACAUCAGAACUAGUUUCAGUCUUUUUUUAAACAAUAUAAAACCUCACAGGAGCUUUAAACGUACAAGGUGAAGUUUGGACUAUUUUGUUUCUGCAUUAUUAAGCUGCUUCGAUGAUAAGUCACCUAAACUUUGACAGAAAUGUUAAAAAAAUAUAACCUCUUCUGUAGAUGGAGAACAUGAGUUGGUGAUAAUCUAACUCAAGGAAGUUUUAAGUCUGUGCUAAUUGAUGUAUGUGUACUGAGAAGUCCACCAAGGCGACCUGGAGGGAAGUCUUUACACCUUAAAAUCAGUCAGCAGUAAUUCUUUAAAAGAGUAAAACGAGCAGAAACACAGGUACGGUCCAUUCAGUCUUUUAUCUAAAACCUUUCAAGUGCAGAUAAAUCUUUGCAUAGCAGGCUGGUCUAUAACUUUUAGAUAUUUCUUAGAUUUCUUUAUCCAGGAGAGAAUAUUUAAAAUGUGUGUGUUAUCGACAUAAAAUAGGAGCGACCAAAGAGUGACAUUCAUUAAGGGUAUAUUGACCACUUUUAUUUACAGGUGGGGUUGUGCUUUUACCUAAUGCACAGAAAAGCUUAAAACAUUAUAAUAAAACCAGUUAACAUCCGAGGAGCUCAUGCAUUUUGUCUGUGAAAGAAGAAAACUCUGCUCAUACCCUCUCAUGAAGCCUUGAAACGGUCCACACUCCUGGCUGGCCUCUCGCUCAGGAAGUGUUGCCCUGGGUAACAGAGACCGAAGCGGAGUGUGUUCUUAUUAACACGGCAACAACAUUGAUAUCACUGUGUCCCUCCAGGCUCCACAGGAAAUACAGGAGUUUCUGGCCUGGCAGCAGGACCUGGAGAGCGACAGCAAGAGCCCGACGCAGGGCAGACCCACUGUGUUCAGGUGGGCGGGGGCGGCGAAAGAAGUGUUUGUGUCCGGGUCUUUCAACAACUGGGCAACCAAGAUCCCCCUCAACAGAAGGUAGUGAGACACACGCAGAAUACUAAACAUGAGACUGUAGGAGCUUUAAUCAGAGAGUGUGUUGAUAAAAAUAAGAUUUCUCUGAACCGCAGUCAGAAAAACUUCGUGGCGAUCGUGGAUUUGCCAGAAGGAGAGCACCAGUACAAGUUCUGUGUGGAUGGUCUGUGGACGCUGGAUCCUACAGGGGUUAGUCAAGGAUUUACAAAUUUAGAAAACUACAAACUUUUACUGUUUUUACAAAUAUGUGCCGUACUCUUACAGACUCUAACUCUGUGCUCUCUCUUAGGCUGUGAUGACGGCUAAAACUGGAACCAUAAACAACGUCAUCAACGUGAAGAGGACUGACUUUGAGGUUUUUGAUGCCCUCAGGAUUGACUCACAGGAUUCUGCAGACAUCUCAGGUAAUACACAGGCAUAACUAUUUGGUAUUUAAAUGCUUAAAUCUACCUUAAAUAAAACUUAAGGAAGAUAUUGAUGACUGUUUUGUGCUUGUAACACUGUCUAAAUAAUUGAAUCAUAUCACCUGCUAAUGUGACGUCUCUUAGAUCUGUCCAGUUCCCCUCCCGGCCCGUACCAACAGGACGCUUACGUCAUUAAACCGGAGGACAAGAUCAAAAAUCCUCCCAUCCUACCUCCACACCUGCUGCAGGUGCUGCUCAAUAAGGACACAGGUGUCUCUGUAAGUGAAGCCACGCCCCCUAAAGUAACCGUUUUAAUGGCGUACAACUAAGUGACGUUAAUCAUCUCUCUUUAAAUCCUCACAGUGUGACCCCACGCUGCUCCCAGAGCCAAACCAUGUGAUGCUCAAUCACCUGUAUGCUCUCUCCAUCAAGGUAACACACCUCAUCGUAUAAAAAAGGAGAUCUGCAUAAAGAGAAGUUCUGUUUGUUUAAUUUUAUCCUGUCUUUGUCUUUCAGGAUGGAGUGAUGGUUCUCAGUGCGACACACCGAUACAAAAAGAAGUACGUCACAACACUUCUCUACAAGCCGAUAUAACCUUCACAGCCACCAUCCAGACUCUUAUUUUGAAAGUUUUUUUUCAUCUGUUGUCGUUCACAGCUGCUAUUUGGAUGUGUUUAGCUUUUAUUCAAUCAUUUGUAAACUGAAAUCUUUCAAACCUUUCUCUUAUUUUAGAAGAACACACAGUGUUUGUUUAUGUAGAAUUUCAUUUUAAAGUUAAAUAAGAGGAAAACUCUAAAUGACGUAACAGCAGGUGGAUUUUUAGGAUAUUUCUAUUUUACCUCCUUUAAGAUUUUUAGUUUGCGCCUCUGAAAACAUGACUAUGAAAGCGUUCAUGUUGUGUUCAAAGCCGAGUGAGCUGCAGUUUUCAGAGACAGUGAGUGGAAAACUGGUGAGACGAGCACAGCUGCUGCUCUGCUGCAUGAGCAAACAAACGCAAGGACACAGCGACUGAAAUUCAACAAUCUCACUUGCCUUAGUUUUAUUACAUCGUUGCUUCUUACUUUAAAAUCAAACUAUUUAAAAUCCAGUUUUGUUGAAGAAAAUUAUGAAGAAAUUAAAGUUUUAAAAGGAUUAGAAAUCGAAACAUCCUCUCCUGUGUUUUUUCUCUCUUUUUUAGAUUGUUGUGUAACUCAGUUGACACAGUGGACUUUGGGAUCCACGUUCUUGUGUUCAGGGUUGUAUGUUUUCUGAGCGAAACAGUGAGCUGCCACACGAUCGCACUCACACACGGCGGCCUGGCACCUGUUGUUAGUGGCUGCAGAGACAGAUGGAGGCAGGAAAUAAAGAGAUUAGUCUCAUAAUGACAAAACACAGAGCACACUUUCAUCUCAGAGAGCAUUUUUGUCCACUGACUUUGCAAAACCCAUAUAAAGAUGUUUAAAAAGAGGCAAUGUACGAGGCAGCGUGGUUUGGAUAUUCACCAGUGAGAGUAAAAUCAUUAGUUUGGUCUUACCUGAGCAGGUGACCUCCUGACUGGAGCAGGUGAAAUCAUAAACAAGGACAUAAGGGAGAUCGGAGAUUGCCGUGCACCCAGGAGCCUUCCUGCUUGCCUCAUAGCACUUAUCGUGGACUCGACAGCACC